CAACAACAACCCACAAUGACUGCAGAACCGAAACCUGGCAGUGCCAGCGGGCCCGCCGACUCGCAGGUGACGCUGCACAAGGCGCCGAAGGCCAAGAAGGCGCAAGCGAAGAACGAGGACAAGUGGGACUUUGAGGCCCAGCUCAAGUUCCAGGCCGACCAGGCGGCGCUCGAGGCCGUCGGCGUCGACCCGAAGCAGCAUGCUUUCACGCUGACAUGGGACAACCUGUCUGUGCGCGGGCGUGGCGGUGCCGAUGACGUCCACUUCCAGAAGGACGUGUCCAACCUGCUCAUGCCGUGGGGCGCCUGGACGACGGGCAAGCGCGCACAGCAGAUCUCCAAGGCCCGCUCAGGCGAGGUCGCGCACGACCCGCGCCUGAAGAAGGGGCAGCGGUUCCUCCUCGACGGGUUCAGCGGCGUGCUCGCCCCCGGAGAGAUGAUGCUCGUCGUCGGUCGGCCAGGCUCCGGCUGCUCGACAUUCCUCAAGGCGCUCUCGGGCCACCACGGCGCGUACGCCGGCGUCGAUGGCGCAGUGUACUACGGCAGCAUGAAGGCCAAGGACAAGGCCUUCCGCCCGCUCCGCGGCGAGGUGUCCUUCAUCUCCGAGGACGAGGUGCACGACGCCAACCUCACUGUCGGCGAGACGAUGGACUUUGCGCUGCGCAUGGAGGCGCCGAGCAAGCGCGCGCGCGAGCACCACGACGGCCAGGUGAUCACAAGCGCAGAGUACACCUCCAAGGCGAAGCACGACGUGCUCAACACGUUCCAUAUCGCCAACACACUCGACACCAAGGUCGGCGACCAGUUCGUGCGCGGCGUGUCGGGCGGCGAGCGCAAGCGCGUCACCCUCGCCGAGGCGUACAGCACGCACGCGCAAGUGCAGUGCUGGGACAAUGCGACGCGCGGCCUCGACGCCAACACGGCGCUGCAGUUCGUCAAGAUCUGCCGCACGCUGUGCGACGUCGGGCGCCGCAUCAACGUGCUCUCGCUGUACCAGGCGGGCAACAGCAUGUACGAGCGCUUCGACAAGGUGACCGUCAUCGCUGAGGGGCAGGUGAUCUACUACGGCCCGAGGAGCGAGGCACGCAGCUACUUUGAGGCGCUGGGCCUCGAGCACAUGGACGGCGCGAACACGGCCGACUUUCUGACGGCCGCCACUGCCGCCAACGAGCGGCGAGUGCGCCCCGGGUUCGAGGGCCGCGUGCCCAACACCGCGAGCGAGUUCGCCGCCGCGUACAAGGGCUCCGAGAUCGCGCGCCGCAUGCGCGCCGAGGUGGACGCCACCCUCGCUGACAGCGCGGCGCGCGAGGCAGAGUCGCACAACCUCAAGGAAUAUGUCGCGCUCCAGAAGAGCGCGCACGCGUUCAAAGGGCUCGCGCAGAAGGCGUCAUACUUCCAGCAGAUCCAGACCGCGACUAUCCGCCACGCGCAGCAGCGCUGGGGCGACCAGUGGAGCUUCUGGGCGCGCCAGGUGACUACGCUGGUCAUGGGCCUGGUCAACGGCUCCGUGUUUUACAAGGUGUCCUCGACGACGACGGGGUUGUACCUCCGCGCCGGCGUCAUCUUCAUGACCAUGAUGUUCCCGGCCAUCCUUGGCUUCUCCGACGUCGCGGCGUCGUUCCAGGGCCGCGCGGUGACGGCCAAGCACAAGGCAUACUCGAUGUACCGGCCGAGUGUGAUCCUGCUCGCGCAGACAAUCGUCGACCUGCCAAUCUACUUUGUCCAAAACCUGUUCUUCGUCAUCGUGACCUACUUCAUGGCCGACCUGCGCCACUCGGCGGGGCAGUUCUUCAUCUGCUUCGCGGCGACGUUCCUCACCGCGCUCAUCUUCUCGUCCAUCUUCCGCGCAAUCGGGUACGCGUUCAACAACUUCCACAACGCGUCCAAGAUGACCGGCGCCGUCUUCCUCUUCAUGAUCAUGUACGGCGGCUUUGCGAUCUACACGCCGUCCAUGCACCCGUGGUUCGCGUGGGUGCGCUGGCUCAGCCCGGUCUACUACGGCUUCGAGGCGAUGGUCGCAGGCCAGCUCGACGGCCUCAAGUUCGAGUGCGCGCCCCCGCUCCGCGCGCCCUACGGGCCGGGGUACGAGGGCAAGCCGGCCGGCUGUGCGCUCCCCGGCGCCGAGUUUGGCACCACCGUCGUCGACGGCACAGAGUACCUCCGCCUCGUGCUCGAGUUUUCCACCGCCCACGUCGGCCGCAACUUUGGCAUCAUCAUCGUGCUCUGGAUCGCGAGCAUCGCGCUCGGCAUGUACUUCCUCGAGCGGCUGCCGGCCGCUGGCUCGUCCAAGGCCGUGACGGUGUACAAGCGCGGCGGCGGCGGCGCGCUCAAAGCCGAGUCGGUCGUGCGUGGCACCGCCCCCCGCGACGAGGAGGAGGGCGCGGACACCCAGGUUCUGAACGAGAAGGCUACCGGCACCCCUGUGGAGAAGGCCGACAAGGGCGCCAUCGCGACCGAGGGCACGACCUUCACGUGGCAGGAUAUCUGCUACACUGUCCCCACGCGCAACGGCGACCUCCAGCUCCUGGACCACGUCACGGGCUACUGCAAGGCUGGGACCAUCACAGCGCUCAUGGGCUCGAGUGGCGCGGGCAAGACGACGCUCAUGGACGUGCUCGCGGCACGCAAGUCGGAGGGCACAAUCACCGGCACCGUCACGCUGAAUGGCCGCCCGCUGCCCGUCUCGUUCCAGCGCACCACGGGCUACUGCGAGCAGCUGGACGUGCACCUCCCGCAAGCGACCGUCCGUGAAGCCCUCGAGUUCUCCGCGCUCCUGCGCCAGCCGCGCUCGCUGAGCGAGAAGGAAAAGCUCGCAUACGUCGACACGAUCGUCGAGCUCCUCGAGCUCGAGGACAUCCAGGACGCUAUCAUCGGCGUGCCCGGCGAAGGCCUCAGCAUCGAGCAGCGCAAGCGCCUCAACAUUGGCGUCGAGCUCGUCUCGCGCCCGACCCUGCUGUUCCUCGACGAGCCGACCUCGGGACUGGACGGGCAGAGCUCGUUCCUCAUCGUGUCGUUCCUGCGCAAGCUCGCCGCGACGGGCCAGAGCAUCCUGUGCACGAUCCACCAGCCGUCCGCGGCGCUCUUUGCGGGCUUUGACCAGCUCCUCCUGCUCAAGGGCGGCGGCCGCACCGUGUACUUUGGCGCGAUUGCCGCGCUCAAGGAGUACUUUGUCUCGCGCGGCGUGCCGUGGCCGGCAGACGUCAACCCGGCCGAGUUCAUGAUCGACAUCGUGUCGGGCGAGCACUCGCUCGGGCGCGACUGGGCUGACGUGUGGCUCGAGUCGGAGGAGCGCGCGCAGAUGGUCGCCGACCUCGAGGCGCUCAAGGCGGAGAGCGCGCUCGGCGCGCCCGCCAUCGACGAGGCGGACGACCACGAGUUUGCAGCCACCACGUGGACGCAGAUGCGUCUCGUGAUGAAGCGCGCCAGCGUGCAGCUGUACCGCGACUUUGAGUACGUCGCCAACAAGUUUGCGCUGCAUAUCCUCGUCGGCCUGAUUUCCGGUUUCUCGUUCUACCAGCUCGGCAACAGCUACGCCAAUCUCCAGAACAGGCUGUUCACGAUCGUCGUGUUCGUGUUCGUCGCGCCCGGUGUCAUCGUCCAGACGCAGCCCAAGUUUAUCGCCAACCGCGACAUCUUUGAGACCCGCGAGAAGAAGGCAAAGUUCUACUCGUGGACAUGCUUCGUCGUCGGCGAGAUUGUCGCUGAGUGGCCAUACCUCGUCCUCUGCGCUUUCUUCUACUUUGUCUGCUGGUACUUUGCUGCCGGGCUCGACUUGAGCGCGGGUGCUGCGGGCCCAGUCUUCCUCCAGAUGGUGCUCUAUGAGGCGCUCUACACGGGUAUCGGCCAGUUCAUCGCCGCGUACGCCCCCAACCCCGUCUUCGCGGCCCUCAUCCUCCCGCUCCUCAUGGGCACGCUCAUGCUCUUCGCUGGCGUCAUCAUCCCUUACCAGGCCAUCACGGCCUUCUGGCGCUACUGGAUGUACUACCUCAACCCGUUCACCUACCUCAUGGAAGGCCUGCUCGUGUGGCCCAUCUGGAACGUCAAAGUCCACUGCAAGGACUACGAGCUCGGCUACUUCUUCCCGCCCGCCAACAUGACCUGCGGCGAGUACAUGGCGCCGUUCAUGAAGCAUGCCUCGGGCUACCUCAAGGACCCCGCCAACAAGCUGCUCUGCGCUUACUGCGGCUACUCGCAGGGCAACGAGUACCUCGCCACCAUGGAGAUGAAGCGCCGCUUCGACGGCUGGAAGGGCAUCCUCAUCACCCUCCUCUUCUGUAUCUCGUCGUACGGCUUCGUCUUCCUCCUCCUCAAGCUCCGCAGCAAGGCGACCAAGACGGCCAAGUAGGUUGGCUCUGGGGCUCGCGACUUUUAUAAUCAUAGACAUAGAUGCAGUGUGUUUUCCAAGGC